AUGGGGAGUCCUCACAGCGCUGCAGCUUUGCAGCAUGCUGUAUCCUUCAUCUGUCGAGAAGCUCAAGCUACUUUCUUUGCUAAGUUCGGAAGUAAGGCCUUCGUUGUUUAUUCUGGUUACAUGGAUGACUUGAUCGUUACUUGUUCAUGUCCGAAGUUGCUGUUAGAGGCUGUUACAAUUCUUCUCUCUGUGUGCCGUAAAUACGGCUUCCGUUGUCAGCCUAAGAAGUGUCGUAUUGGAGUCCCCACCGAGCAUCCUUGUAAGGUACUCGGCUUGAGAUGGAACCCCACCGACACGCUUUCCGAUUGUGAAGGCCCUAACUUCCCACCUUGUGUCUUGGCCCUAUCCGAGGACAAGGUCCUUCUUACACGCAGAGAUGUUAUGAGCUUAAUUGCUCAAUGCUACGAUCCGCUGGGAUUCCAAAGUAAUUUGCUACUCCGUAUGCGUCUUAUCUUGAGGCGUGAACUGGAGAAAGAUCCGGUGUCUGAUUUAGACGAGUUCAUUGGUGUUGAAGCAUUCAAGACACUACAGGCUACUAUGAUGGACUUCGACAAUUCUCUACCUAUCCCUCGAGUACUAAAGCUGGCUGCGGAUUCCACAUUCUACUUAUUUUGUGAUGCCUCUGGGUUUGGCAUCGGUACUAUUAUAUGUGAUUCCGAUUUUAAUCUAGUCCGCUGUAGCGCACAUUUAAUUCAGGCAGUUAAGCUGCCAUGGUCUAUAGUUCGUAAAGAGCUAACAUCGUGCUUAGAAGUGGCUUGUUUGUAUUCUGAAACCACUCGUGCGAUGGAGUCUGUUAACUUGCCUGUGCCUACACCGGAACUGUACACCGAUAAUGAGGCCAACUACCACCGGUUGGUCAAAGCCUUCAAGCUUUUCUCUCAGUCGAAGGACUACGAUGUCUUUCGAUCUGGCUGGAAAUCAUCUGCACCUGCUGCGUGGGAGUUGCGGACUCUGUUCAAGAUCUCCCAGCUCUUGGUUCCGCGUGGUGGGAAGGUAUUCCAUCUACCUGGUAAGAGAAACCCCAGUGAUUAUUAUUCGAGGGGUCUAACCUUGAAGUACCUCCCCCAAGACGACCCACUGUUGAUAGAGGCAGUCAGCUGUGCUCGUGGCCGUCUUUCCUGUGUGGACGACAAUAAAUUAAGUGACGACUUACCGGCCUUACCAUUAUCGGUUGUUGUUGAUGACGAUUCUGAUACCAUUAAAGCAUUGAAAGAUUACGUCUGUCUUAAGCAGAAGGACGACCCUGAAUUGAGGAGUCUUCUCUGCCCUUCUCUUAAUUCGAAACCGGAUAGUAGGACCCUUCGAAAGUACUCCGUGGUCGUUGGUCCAUCCGGCAGAUCUAAUGAUGGUUAUGUUAUCAAUUCUGUUACCCGUGGUCUAGUUGUACCUCGUGAGUUGAGACGAGAAGUAUGUGAUAGACUUCACUUGUACUUUAUUCAUUUGGGCGCCUAUAAGAUCUAUAGGAGUAUCAAGUCGGACUUCGAUGCUGGUCCUCUCUCAGAGUACUUGAAGGCCCAAAAGCGCUGUGUCAUUUGUCAAGCGCAACGGCAGUCUCGAACCGUUAAUCAUACUCUCGGUUCUCAGCUUACCAAGGCCGCUCAGCCCUGGGAACUCUUAGGAAUCGACCUUAUCGGUCCUUUCCGCCAAGAUGAGUUCCGCGCUCCUCAUUAUGAUUCAUUGAUGUCUUUGUUGGUGGUCGACGCUUUAACUGGUUAUGUUACCUACGCUAUUGUUCCCGACAACGCUCCUACCCAUUUAACCCUUAUUGCUUUAGAGGGCAUUUUCCUAGCUCAUGGUUACCCUCUGGGUUUGCUCUCCGAUUCAGACGCUCGCUUUACAAGUACUGCUGCAGUGGCAUGGAGCAAGGCCCUUGGCAUUAGGUGGGCACGGAGCCCGGGACACGCUAGUCGAUUGAGUGGCUGGCAUGAAUCCCGCCACAGAUUGGUGAAUUUUAUGUUAAGAUGUCUCAUCCAGCAGACUGGCAAUAAGAUUCACUGGACAAUCUUGAUGGCUAGGGUAUGCUAUAUUGUGAAUAAUAUUGUUCGCUCUUCUCCAUCCUCCAGCUCCUUCAGUAGCGACCUGCAUUUCGUUCACGGUCGUUGUCUACCCCCAGCUAUAUCUACCAGUCGGGUCCUAUCGAAGCAGGCUAAUGAUAGCUUGGAUCAUUUCAUUCCUCUCCGAAUGCCUGAUCGAGCUGAUGCUGAUAAGUUGCUACACGAUGUCAGUUUGAGAAUUUCCUCUGAUUGUAAGUGGGCCCAGAUUUCCGCCGAAAAUGUGGACUCAACUCUUCGUGCUCGAUCUACCUUUGCUGAUACUUCUGCUGCCCGUUCUGACUUUUCUGCCUUAUCUGUUGGGGACCAUGUUCUCCGAUACAACUUUGGUAGAUCUAAGCUCAGCCAGAAAUGGCUUGUUGAGCAAGUCUACGUGGUCCGUGCUAUUAAAGGAGCUAUGGCUGCUAUUUCUCCUAUUAACUCUCCUUCUCUGUCCUAUGAAUAUAUUGGUAACUUGAAGAUAGUCACUUCUGCGGCGGGGGAGUGUUGA